AUGACUGCAUUCUCUUUAAAGCCUCAAAAGCCUAAUCAUUUUAUCACCACUGCCGACUAUACUGCAGACCAGUUACUCGAUCUCGUGUACCGAGCAAUUCAAUUCAAGGUUCAAGCAAAGACUUGCCCAAAGAACGCCGAGCGCCCUCUUGCUGGCAAGACAGUAGCCCUCAUCUUCUCCAAGCGAUCCACUCGUACUCGUGUUGCUACAGAAACCGCUGUGAAUUAUCUUGGUGGUAAUCCCAUGUUUUUGGGCUCACAAGAUAUUCAAUUGGGUGUCAAUGAAUCCUUGUUUGAUACAGCUCGUGUCGUUAGUUCCAUGGUCGAUGGCAUCAUGGCUCGUGUAGGCGAUCAUUCAGAAAUUGAGACACUUGCUAAAGAAUCAUCUGUGCCUGUAAUUAAUGCUUUAUCUGAUAAAUAUCACCCAACACAAAUUUUGGCUGAUUUGAUGACCUUGCAUGAAUACUACUACCACAAGAAGAACGGUGUGACUGACUCAUACUCUGCACAUUUACAACAUCCCAAGGAAACACUGCCCGGUUUAAAGGUUGCUUGGAUUGGUGAUGCGAAUAACAUGCUUCAAGAAUUCCUUGUCUCGUUUCCCAAGUGUGGUAUCAGUCUCGCUGCUGCCUGUCCCGCUGGUUACGUAUGCGAUCAAGACGUACUUGACAUUGCCAAGGCAGAUGCCGCUAAGACAGGAGCCAGUCUUUUGUUCACUACUGAUCCUAAAGAAGCUGUCAAGGACUGCGAUGUGAUUAUUACCGAUACGUGGAUCAGUAUGGGUCAAGAAGCAGAAAAGAUCAAGCGAUUACAAGAUUUCAAGGGAUUCCAAGUGACACAUGAAUUGGCAGCUGAAGGCGGUGCCAAACCAGAUUGGAUCUUUAUGCAUUGCUUGCCUCGUAAAACUGAAGAAGUGAAUGAUGAGGUCUUUUACUCUGAUCGAUCUGUUGUAUUUGCUGAAGCUGAAAAUCGAAAGUGGACCAUUCUUUCUGUUAUUGACUCAUUGAUGGUUCGUGGCAGUAUUUAA